AUGUCAAAGCUCCUGCUCGACAUACAAGGCCUACGAUGCCUGGCUGUGUUGUUCGUGCUGCUCUUCCACAUCUGGCCGAAGCUUUUUGCGAAUGGGUUUUUGGGAGUUGAUAUGUAAGUGAAGAAGAGAUCGACCGGUUGAGAAUACUUGGCUUUACGUACAAGUUGAAUAACUUGUAAAUCACCAUGUGUCCAGAAAAUGUGUCACGAUGACACCGGUUGAAAAUUUGCCAGUGGUAUAAAAAAAGGCUGUAUAUGGCUAGGAGUGCUCACUAGAGCACGUCAAGAUCUUCGGACGUUAUAAAAAUUGUCACCGAAAAAAUCCAGAAAAUCCGUCAUCCAUAUUGCACAUUGUAAAAGCUGCGGAUCAAAAAAUUUUUUUUGGGCAUUCUAGAGAAGACCCCUGCGCAUAUAAAACCAGUUUUUAUACCACUGCUGCAGUUUAAGCCAGUGUCAUCAUGACACAUUUUCUGGACACCCAGGGAUGCAUAAGUUAUAAAUGCUUACUUUCUCCCUUUAAAAUGUGCCUUGUAUGUACGAUUUACCGUAAUGGAUUUUAAGCAUGAGAGCUUCAUAUCGGUGUGUCGGGAAAAUAAUGAGCACUCGGUCGCAUCGAAAAUCGCAUCGCCGCUGAGAAAAUAAAUCGUGUCGCGACAAAGUCAAAUUUCUUUUCACUUCAUCGACACGAUUGGCGCAGCGGCAGAGCGCUCAUUAUUUUCCCGACAGCCUGAAAACGCUCAACCCAUCUUUAGAUUCUUUGUGAUCUCCGGCUACUUGAUGUGCCAGGUCCUGCACGGCAAACCGAUCAAUCUCCACACCUCAGCCGACUUCUACGUCCGCCGAAUACGACGAAUCCUACCACUGUACUUGUGCAUCAUCAUAGCGACUUUAGUGGCCGCUUUCCACGUGAUGCCGGUAUUUGAGCAUUCGCAGGUCGCCAUGGAGGCACGAUCCUCCAUGUUUUUUGUCUCCAAUUAUAUGAAUCUGCCGAAGAGCGGCUACUUUGACGUGUCUAAUCAAUACCCUCUGUUCCUGCACACUUGGUCAUUAUCGGUGGAGAUUCAAUUCUACGCUGUGGUGCCGUUGAUUUUUUGGAUUUACCGCGAACUGACCAAGAGCAACGGCAACUAUGGACAUGGGUUUUUGGCGGUUGUUUCGGCGGCCUGUCUGCUGGCGCAACUUUCUUUGGAGACAAAUUGUAGGGAAGGUUUUGGCUUUUCAGCAAAGUCCGCUACAGAGCUCUUAUAUGAAACAAUUGGAUAUAUGAAUUUCAGACGUCAAUCUCUCACAUAUGGCCUUCUUUUGUCGUGUGUGGCAGUUCGUUUGCGGAAUUGGGGCAUGUUUGUAUCGACUAAGGAGCGAACCGGGUCGGUUCGUGGAGAAAACCGCAAUUUUCAGUCUGAGCUCUGAGACAAGGCUUCUAGAACACUCAAAAAACAAUGUAAGGGCCGAUCCUGUGUUGGUUGUUCGAGCAUGACUUUAAUUUUCCUGCUUUUCGUUUAUUUACAGGGUCUUUCAAGAAUUGUCAGAACGUCAUAAAAAACCGAUCCAUUUUGAAGUUUUAAAAAAAUAAUGAAAAGGGUGUAAUGGGCGUCAAAGCAAACUUUUUAACCCUUUCCGGACGAGUCGGCACCUCCAUGCAGAAAUGAAAGAGGGUACUGUAGUGAGUAAUAAUAUUAUAGUGUUCCAGCCCAUCGAAGCGUUAUUUGGGGCUUAUGACAAAAAAUGUCCUAAAAAGUACCUUCAAACCACCUGUAAAUUAGAAAAAACCCCUAAGCUAAAGUCUAAGAGUCCCACUAUUGUUACAUUCAAGAACUGUCCAAAUCGGACCAUUACAGGAUUAGUUAUCGACUUUUGGAAAUUGAAUUUUAAAUUUCGACAUUUUUAGCCCAAAAUUGAGUAUAUCUUCCGCCGGAAUCAACCAUUUUGGUCCAAAUGUGAUUUUUCGGAAUCUGCAGUGACGCUAGCUUCUUCCCAGAAUGUUUCCUGAAAAAAACCCAUGGGGCAUUUUUCUGUAAAACGCGAAAAAGUUGAAUGUGUAAAGGUUUCAUCGUAUAAAAUGUCGCCGCAAGCCGAAAAGGGUCGGGCUCAGUUUUCAUUGAUUCAUUUCAUUGGACAUUUCUCGGUGAUUUUCAACCGAAAAACCCAAAAAUUUCUCCAUCACUUUCAAGCGAAAACCCCUGGUUUUCGAGGUAAAAGACCUCUUCUUCAAAAGGCCGUAGAGACCUCAAUUUUUACUUUAACAUCUUGUUACUUCAUAGGCAAAGACUAAUGUCACUUGAAAAUACAUAUUCCAAAAAUGAAGUCUCUGCGCCGCCUCCGCCGGAAGUUAUAGCCUCCGAUUUUCCUUCACGUUUCUUGAAAGACCCUGUACCUACAAGCUUGUCUAUUCACUUUAUGAAAAUCGUAAUAGGUUGCUACACAAAGAUCGAGAAACCCAAAGCCCACACAAACACUAUUCACGACUUAUAUUCUACCCAAUAUUUUUGUCUUCUUGCUAUGCUUUCAAUUGUCAACCAACCCCAUUCGAGGCCACGAAUACAAACGAAUCCUGGCCACAUUCACGUCAACACUCUUCCUCUGCCUUGACGGGACUUCCAUCUUAUCCAGCGAGCUUUUAGUGCGUCUGGGCGACGUCUCAUACGCAAUGUAUUUGAUCCAUUGGCCGCUGCUGAUCGUAUACAAAUACUCCGAGGGCCGAGAUGCAAUCUUGUCUAAAGGUGGGCGACCAAUAAUGUAUUUUUGGCCGAAGAAUGCACCUGCGAAAAGGGCACCUAACUUUUUCGAAAAUGCCAACUGGCCGAUGAGGGAACCUUGAGGAAAAAGUGAUAUGAUAUGGUAAAGGGAGAACAAGGCGGAUUGUUUCAGAAUAAUCUUAUUAGGGAGGGGAGAGGGCCAAAGAGCUCGCUACCACACCAGUCCGCAAGUCAGACCUGCUGACCUACGGAUACCUACGGGACCCCAAUCCCAGUGACCUUACAGGGGAAGUACCGCAAGUGCGACGCUAAGAUUUUCUUUAAAUUUUGCACCCACGUCGGGUAUGGACUAAAUAUCAAUUAGAAGAUGGGCGGGCCGUUUAAGAAGACAUAAAAACUGUUACCGUCAAAUUUAGACAUAACAAUCUUAUUUGUGUGCCAAAAAAAACGAUGUGGUAUGAGGGGAUCAAGGCGCGGAUUUAUUAAAAGAAUGAGCACAACCCGCCUUGCCCCCCUCCCUCUUAUCAUGUCACUUCUUGAUCAAGGGCCCUGCACGUCAAACUGAGGAGUCCGGUGGCCCGAAUAGGCACUUCGCUAUCAGUUUUUUACACUUCGUCUUGAUUUCACAGAGAUUCAGAGAAAAAGACGCGCAAAAACGUACUCUCUCGCUCCAAAAAACCCCCAUUUCUUCUCCGACUAAAGUUUUUUCGGGUCUUUUUUGGCGGAUUGCCAACCUAUUCACCGGAAUCUCAGUUUGACGUGCCCUGUUCUCCCAGGUGCCCUCUUCGAAAAAGUAUGGUGCCCUCUUCCCUCUUCGGACCUAAUCCAAACUCUAUUUCUCAGAUGGCUUUCUCCUUAUUUCCAUUACCGUUGUCACUGCGUAUUUUGUGGAAAACAUGUUCAAAACGUUGUCUACAUGCCUUUCGAACUGGCGAACUCUUCUUCUACUCCUCAUUAUCCUCUAUCGGAUUGCAUUCACCACUACGGUUACGAUGGAAAUCCUGGCCAGCUCCGAGGUGCGAACUCAAUAUAGCAGAGGAGUGGAUGUGGAAAAAGUGGCGGUGGACUUGUACGAACAUCCCGAGAGGAUGAAAAAUCUGACCGCCGAAGAGGUGGUGGAUGUAAACAACCAGAUACGAGACUUUCAAUGGACCAGGUUUGCUAGUUGCCGGAAUAAAACAAAGAGUUUGGAUACGGAUUACAAGUUUGGGAUGGAGAAUAUUGAGGAGUUUUGUCAUGCUCGGGUAGGUACAGUGAGGGACCUGAGCCAGUGGCAAAAAACGUAUCAUUUUGCAUCCGGGAAGUGUCAAAAAAUGUGGCAAAAUGCCUCCCUCUCCGACUAAAAAACUCCGUUUUGAAUUUCUUCCUUGUAUUUUUAGUAUUGGACCGUUGCCCAGUGGUUUGACGAAGCUUUUCAGGGGACCGGAACAAAAGAAAUUGUCCUUGUUGGCAACAGUUUGGCCAAGGACUUCGAAUACUCGGUAACCUCGUCAAUGAAGGACGUGUACAGCCGUUUUACUAUGUUCGGAACACACCUCUGCAUGCCAUUCUUGCCCGAACUGUUUGUGAAACAGAAGCCGAAAUGCCAAGGCUUUUCGGACGAUGUUGUCCCCAUUCUGAGACAGUGGCAAAGACCAAUCGACAUUGUGAUCACGGUGCACUCGUAUGUACAUUAUUGCUCUGAGCAUCUCCAUUGAAGGUCAAGUCUUUUUUGUGGCAAAUUCUAAAACAAAAAAGCUGCUAUCUAAGAGGAAGGUAGCUCAAAUGCGAGGCUCAGAUUUUUUUUAAAUUUUGCCCACACUUCGAGCAUAGACUGACUGUCAAUUCCUGAAAGUUUUAACUCGCGCUUUGCAAGCGCCACCGAGAUAUUGGACCAUCUUUGCCGCCGAGAGAGUACGCUAAACGUGGAGAGCGGAGAAAAACAAUUUUUGGCCAUAACUUUGCUAGUUUCUGGCUGAAAAAAAUAAUUUUUGGCAUAGACAUUACCUUUGACGGUAGAAAUAACCAUGAAACUUUUCGUGCUAAAAUUCCGCAAAAAGUCUCACAUUUUUGCCGAUUUUCGACUUAAAAAUCUCCGUGGUUUCUGGAAAGCGUGAGCUAGGAUUCACACAUAUACUUUAGAAAAAAAUAUUCUAAACUUGUGCCAAGUUUCAUCAAAAUCUGGGCGUCGCACAUCAAACUGAGAUGGGCUCAAACGGUCCGGUGAAUAUGUUGGCAAUCCGCCAAAAAAGACCCGAAAAAACAUUUAGUCGGGGAAGAAAUGGGGAUUUUUCGGGGCGAGAGAGUACGUUUUUGCGCGUCUUUUUCUCUGACUUCUCUGUGAAAUCAAUGAAAUCAAGACUUCUCUGUGAAAUGAAGACGAAGUGUAAAAAACCGAUAGCGAAGAGUCUAUUCCGGUCACCGGACUCCUCAGUUUGACGUGCGUCGCACUUGGCGUUCUUGCCUUAAAAUUACGAUUCCUGGUACAGAGGUUUUGACUGUGCCUAGGCAUGGCUCCCGGCCCGGGCCGCGGCCGGAUUUCAGGUCGGCCGGGCCGGCCCGGAAUUGUUAAAAUCCAGAGUCUCAAAGCGAAAAUUGGGUUUGAUAAUGAAAAUAAACGAAAUGACAAGACACAAUUUCUUUUUUUUAAAGGUAUUUUUGUUUUUAGAUAGCUAUGUUUAUCCAUUUACAUGAUGAUAGCACAUAUUUAUCCAUUUACAUGCCUAUAACAUCCCGAGGGCCGGCCGACGAGCCAUGUAUAACUGUGCCGAACAAAUUUUAAUUUCUUUACCGCCACUUGCCUUCCUUUCUUUCAGCUGGAACGAGCUGCGCAUCCAUAAGUUCUCCAGAAACGACCACUAUCAACAAGUGAUUCAAAAUUUCUACUCUGAACUGAACAAAAUUGCCAGAGAACUUGUGAUUCUGAACCGAGGAGACAUCAACACCCCGAAGCCCUUUCAAGUCAUCCAGAACGCGGUUCGUCGAGGGCUGAACUUGGACCGUUUCAACUAUCCGUUUUCGCAGAAUGAACAGCAGAAUUCGGAAGUCUACAAACGGGUUGACAAUUUGAAUUGUCCAAAAUGCCUGAAGGCAAAUUUGUAUCAAGAAAGCUUUUGUUCCAAUGCGACAAACUCAUGUUGCUUGGUGAAUGAGAAUGGUGUGGCCAACUUCCACGAUGGCCGACAUAUGACGACUUUUGGGUCGUUAGUUAUGGGCAGGACUCUACGAAGACUGUAUGAUGGUUUGGGGAAGUUAUGA